UUUAAUGAUUUCUGUUUAAAGGACAAUUAGAACGCUAUCCCCUCAUUUGGUCUUUAUGAGUCGCAGCACCAGACCAGACUGUGCUGAGGAGCUGUAACGUCAGGACGCGGGAGGCAGAGGUGAACGGAUCAGGAGUUCACGGCGUGUCCGGCUUCAAAAGACAAGGAGCGGCUCUCCCUCUUCCCUCUCCCAUCGAGGUCCACCGCCCAGGCCUUCGCCGGUGCCUAAGCAGAAGCCAAAGGCGCUCCUGACAACGGGCGGAAGCGGAAGCCAAAGGUGCUCGCGGCAACGGGCGGAAGCGGAAGCCACAGCCACGCACGCAUGCUCCUCUUCAAGUAACUGCCGAGUGGACGGUUCGAAGCGCCAUGGCGCCGGUGUCCGGGUCGCGCCCGUACGAGGACACGGGCUCUCAAAGACGCCGCCGCAGCCCCUCCCGGAGCCCGCCGUGGGCGGCAGCGAGCCGACGCUCUCCCGGCACCGGCGCUUUCCGCCCUCCCCUCUGCGGCCCAGACGGCCUCCGGCCUCAGCGCGACGCCCAGACGGCGCAUCCGGCCAGCCGCCCCAGGUCAAGAGAGCGGCCGCCGGGGCUGCGCGCCUCCGCCUCCAGCGGCUACCGCCACCAGCACCACCACGCGGGGUACCGAGGCUGCGGGGAGGACCCGGAGAAGGACGAGGAGAGCUCUGGGCAGCGGAGGCUGAGAGAGCGGGAGCGCAUAGGCGAGCUGGGCGCGCCCGAGGUGUGGGGACUGUCGCCCAGGUUCCCCGAGCCCGACUCGGAUGAGCACACGCCAGUGGAAGAGGAGCUGAACCAGAAAAGCAGCAGCUCCGAGUUCACCGAGGACAAAAGGACAAAGACCAGUCGUUCAGCAAAGAGAAAAAGAAAGAAACGGCCCUCCAGAAGAAAGCGCAGGAAGUGCUCUGACAGGGGCAGUAGUUCGGAUUCUGACACUUACUCUGGCUCCGAGAGCAAUAAAAAGAAAGUUAAAAAAGCCAAGAAAGAGAAGAGAAAGAAGCGCAGAGCCAAAGAACUUAAGAGGAAGAAGACUAAGAAGAAAUACAGGGACCUACGCUGUGAAGCUUUAGGAAGAGAGUUGCCAGAAGACACGUGGAUUGAACAGACAGUGGGUGAAGAGGCCAUGGCUGUCAUAGGUCCCGAAGCACCUAUAAUCCAUGUCUCUCAAGAUGAGAAACCUUUGAAUUACGGCCACGCUCUGCUCCCAGGUGAAGGUGCAGCUAUGGCCGAGUAUGUAAAGGCUGGAAAGCGUAUCCCACGGAGAGGUGAAAUUGGGCUGACGAGUGAAGAGAUUGUCUCAUUUGAGUGUUCAGGCUAUGUCAUGAGUGGUAGCAGGCAUCGAAGAAUGGAGGCCGUAAGGCUGCGGAAAGAGAACCAGAUUUACAGUGCCGAUGAGAAAAGAGCACUUGCAUCGUUUAACCAAGAAGAGAGGCACAAGAGAGAGAACAGGAUCCUAGCCAGUUUUCGAGAAAUGGUUUACAGAAAGACAAAAGGAAAAGAAGACAACUAAAAAGUUGUGUGUUGCACAGGACUUUGAACAACAGAAGGCUUUACCAGUGUAAUUGGACUUUUACUUUGUUAGUAUCCCCUCAUGAAAAUGCUUCUUGAGAUGUUAAAAUUUUUUACUUUUUUUUUUUUUCUUUUGGGUCUUUGAGACAGGGUCUCCCUGUAGCCCCAGCUGACCUGGAACUCGCUAUGUAGACCAGGCUGGCCUGGAAAUUUUUACUUAAAGGCACAUGGUUUCAUAAAUAUUGUAGGAGAAUAAGUAAAAGGUGACUGUCACUCCAGGAUUCACCAACACACACACACAAAUAGGCAUCUGUAUUUUUCCAUAGCAUGUAAAGGUCAUAUUUUUGCCAGAUAAAUGUUAGUGCUAUUACAUUGAAAUGUUUUUUUUUUUUUAUCUAGUUGUUACUCUGAUCCCCUCUCACCCCCACCCAAGGACUUCAUUACAGAAGUCAUUUGCCAAGGAGACCAGAAAGAACAAUAACUUCAACUUGUAUUCUUUGGACUGUAGUUAACAGAGCUGGUUAAACAGAGGAUUGACUGUGGAAGCUGAAAUACCUGGGAAGCGGGGUUCCUAGUACAACGUUACUAGAACUUAGGCUUUUUCCUUCCAUCUUCCUUUUCCAUGGGUCAUUUCUCUUAGACUGUUUUCAAAAGGUCUGCCAAAUCUGAAAGAACAUUUAUUUUUGAAGAGGUCAGAAAUUUUCUUACUUUGCUGCAAAGCCAUUUCUUCACAAUAUGAAAAUACACUAGCAAGUACAGCAUAUUGUAAGAUAGGAUUUGUUCUUCCAUUGCCCAUGGGAAGAUCAUUGUUUUGAUUCCAAACCAGGGAUGGAUGUAAGCAAAUUAUAAUGGUAUAGAA